AUGCCCGGUGUCGACGCCACCGCCCACAGCAGCGGCGGGGACAACUUGCUCUCGCUCGCUGCCAAAAACGGUGCCUUCACUCUCUUCAAGUUUUCUCUCUCCCUCGGGCUCGAUCCCAUGGCGCAAGACACGCUGGGCCGAACGCCGCUUUCAUGGGCGGCACAUGGGGGCCAUGACAAACUUGUGGAGGAACUACUUGCUAUGGCUGCCGACGCCGAUAUCAGAGACCGUGAGGGACGGUGGACUCCGUUGGUCUAUGCCAUAGAGUAUAAUUCACCGGCUGUUGGCCUGUUGCUAGAAAACGGCGCCAACGUUAACACCAGGGAUUGGAAGGGCCGAACACCACUCAAUCACUUCGCAUCUAGUUAUGCUCGUGACGGCGAGAACAUUAUCAGCCUACUACUAGAGCACAAUGCCGACGUGGACGCAGCGGACAACGAUGGUCGCACGCCGCUGUUUCAUGCCGUCAUCCGUGACUCCACGGCCCCCAUUGUCAAACCCCUCGGUGCCGCCGCAAGCAUCAUUGCUGUUCUCCAGUUAUCAGAAAAAGUUGUCCAGUAUAUCAAAUCUGCGAAGGGCGCCAAACAGCAGAGAACGGCCUUUCGUGACGAGUUGCGUGCCUGCGAGGCCAUCCUCCGAGAACUCAAGGAUGAGGCAGACGACUCGGAGGAGGGUCAAGCGUGGACCGCCACCAUCGAAACCCUUGAAGGUCCAGAAGCACCGCUGGGCCGGCUAUAUGCUGCCUUGAGCGGGGUUGAAGCGAGACUUCAGCCUCGGGAUGGGGUGAGAGGCGUCCUAUCCAACUUGCAAUGGCCCUUUAGUGAGAAGGAAGUUAAGGAGAUCUUCAAAGCCAUCGAGCGUGAGAAGACACUCCUUCAGCUAGCUCUCGCCAACGACUCCCGGAAGCUCCUUCAGGAAAUCAAGAGAACUUCUACCCAAAAUAAGAAUUACGCCAAGCGACAAAUUGAUGUCCUUAAUCGCAGGCAGGCCGGGACUGGCCAGUGGCUUCUCGAGCAUUCCAAAUUCCAGCGGUGGUUGGAGAAUGAGCGGGAGACAUUGUUCUGCCCAGGUAUUCCUGGCGCUGGAAAGAUAACUCUGACGUCGAUUGUGAUUGAAGACCUCCUCGGCCGAUGUAAAGAAGAUAAAACAAUUGGGCUCGCUUUCAUUUAUUGCGACUUCCGGCGGCACGACGAGCAGACGCCGUACGCUCUGCUCAUGAGCUUGCUAAGGCAACUAGCUCAAGACCGAGGGCGCUCCAACACUCGCCCGACAUACGACGAGGUGAAAACAGUUCUUGAUGCCACAACCCGUUCUUACUCCAGAGUUUUCAUCGUUGUUGAUGCGCUAGAUGAACUCCCGCCAGUCGGUGGCCAGCGACACCAAUUUUUGACCGAAGUCCUCACAUUCCGGGCCAAGUGUGGAGCUAACCUCUUUGCAACGACGAGGUUUAUACCUGACAUUACAGAGGCUUUUGACAACAGCACCGUACUAGAGAUUCAGGCCAGCGAGCACGAUGUGCGAACGUUUUUAACAGCGAAUAUAUCACACCUACCCUCCUUUGUUCAACGCCGUCCAGAUAUUCAAGAAGAAGUCGUAGGCGCGAUCGUCAGUGCUGUUGACGGGAUGUUCUUGCUCGCGCGCCUUCACCUAGAAAGUCUCUUUGGAAAGAGGAACAUAAGAGCACUUCGAGCAGCCCUUGCAACACUUCCCACGGGCUGCGAAGCGUACGACAGUGCAUACGACGAAGCCAUGAAGCGGAUUGAAGGCCAAGUCCAGGAUCAGGUCGAACUCGCCAAGCAGGUUCUGUCGUGGCUCACCCGAGCAACCAGGCUCCUAAGUAUCACGGAACUUCAGCACGCACUCUCUGUAGACGAGGAUGAUACUUUUCUCGAUCUUGAUAAUCUCCCAGACGUUGCCGACAUUGUCUCAUGCUGUGCCGGCUUAGUAACAGUGGAUGAGGGAAGUGGUGUUGUCCGACUCGUGCACUACACGACGCAGGAAUAUUUCGUGCUGGACUAUGGUAUGCGAUUCCUCCUUGAGACUGGAAAAGUUGACCCCAACGCAAAGGACAGGGGUGGUCAAACGCCCCUGAUUUUGGCCGCCGAGGCCGGACACGAGGCGGUUGUGAAGUUACUGCUUGAAACUGGCCUUGUGGAGGUUGAUGUAGCAAAUAAUAGUGGAUAUACUCCGCUGUCCUUCGCCGCCAUGAACGGGCAUGAGGCCAUCGUUAAACAACUCCUGGCGAUUGGGAACGUCAAUGCCAAUGCCGUAGCCGCUGAGCCCGCCCAAUUUUUCCGUCAAGUUGUGGAUAGGACACCACUCUCGCUCGCCGUGGAAGCGUGCCAGGAGCCUAUGGUACAGAUGCUGCUUGAUAGGGAAGCCGAUGCCAAUUCAGUCGAUAAUCAGGGUCGAACGCCUCUCUGGCAGGACGCCGCUCUUGGCUUUGGCUCGCUCACGUUAGCUGCCCAAAAUGGAUAUCUUCCGACGGUCAGGCUACUUCUCUCGAAGGGCUUAGACGCUAGCGUCCGAGAUAACGGCGGUGCUACACCACUAAUGUGGGCCGCAAGAGAGGGACAUAAGGACGUUUUACAGGAAUUCCUCAAUUAUGGCGUCGACGCCGACGCUAGAGACCAAGAUGGACAUUUGAUAUUUGUUGACAACUCUAUCACCAAACUCCUCCUCAAGAGUAAUGCCGAGGUCGACUCAAAGGACAACAAAGGUCGAACGCCUCUUUCGUACGCCGUCGAAGAGUGGGGUAAUGCCUCUGUCGUUCGGAUUUUGCUGGCUAACAACGCCAAUGUUCACAGCAAGGACGACGAAGGCCGGUCGAUAUCGUCGAGGACCCACCCGCGCAUCAAAAGUCCCCAGAACCUUGAAGCACCUAUGUCGAGUUUCCCCUUGGGCGGGUCCGUUCCGAAUGCGCGGGAGGACGCAACUUAG